UAGUCUAUAAACCCAAUAAAAUAAAAUCCAAUAAAAACUAGAUGGGCUUUAAAACAUCUAUAGGUCUAUAAUCGAGCCCAAUUAAUAUAUAUUAAUAAAAUUGAAACCUAAAACCCUUGCCAUCAUCGAUUAUCUCGUUUCGACUGUCCUUCGUUUCUGAACUUUUUGAGCAGGAAAAGAGAACUAACUAGAGAAGAAGGGAAGCAACAAUGGUGAGUAAAAGGCAAAAAUUGGCGAAAAAACGAUAUAAAGAAGAGCACCCAGAGCUUUUCCCAAAUCCAGAGCCAACGCCACCGAAAGACCCGAACAAGAAGAAGAAGAAGAAGAAAAACAGCAAGUUCAAGCGCACCAAAGCAGAUGGCAGCGAUUCCAAUAAACCGAAGAAAUCGUCGCACAAAAAGCAUCCGCUUCGAGUCGCUGGAAUGAAGCCAGGCGAGAGCUGCUUUAUCUGCAAAGCGCCUGACCAUAUUGCUAAGAAUUGCCCCAAAAAGUCGGAGUGGGAAAGGAACAAGAUCUGUUUGUUUUGUCGACAAAGGGGACACAGUCUCAAGAGAUGCCCCAACAAGAAUGAGGAACCAAUGGAUAAAAAACUGUGUUAUAAUUGUGGAGAGAUGGGGCAUUCCUUGUCUCAAUGCCUGCAGCCUCUUCAAGAUGGAGGAACAAAAUACGCGCAAUGCUUUAUAUGCAAUGAAACAGGGCACUUGAGUAAAAAUUGCCCCAAGAAUACCCAUGGAAUCUAUCCAAAGGGCGGAUCCUGUAAAAUAUGUGGCGGUGUGACGCAUCUGGCCAGAGAUUGUCCCAAUAAAGGCAUCAGUAAUUUUAAUUCAGGAGAUGUACCUGUUCCACAACGGCUCAACCGGGUCACCAAGUUCGCCAGUGGAGAUGACCUCGACGAUGACUUCACGCCUGCAGUUCCGGUCGAUGAUGAAGAUAAAGAUUCCAAGGCCAAGAAAAAACAGGGCCCAAAAGUGGUCAAUUUUGUCUCUUACUGUUUGGAAGGCGUCAUGGUUUCUGGCCUGGCAAACUCUGCAUCUGGAGUGGCUGUGGUGGAUGACUGUAAGCUCAAAUUUUUGGAGCUAAAGGCAAAAAGGAACUACCGCUACAUAAUCUACAAGAUCAAAGACCAAAAUGUGGUGCCAGACAAACUCGGCCAGCCAGGCGAUAGCUACGAUGAUUUCACGGCCUCUCUCCCUUCCGACGAGUGCCGCUUUGCAGUCUUCGAUUUCGACUUCACCACCACCGAGAAUUGCCAGAAGAGCAAGAUCUUCUUCAUCGCCUGGUCGCCGGAGACAUCCCCGGUGCGAAUGAAGAUGGUGUAUGCUAGCUCAAAGGAUAGAUUCAAGAGGGAACUUGAUGGCAUUCAGGUCGAAUUGCAGGCAACAGAUCCCAGCGAAAUGAGCUUCGACAUCAUCAAGGAACGUGCCAUUUGAAGUAAACUU